AAUUACAAAAGUAAGGGUUAAUUAAGUAAACUCAUUUGCAAGAUAUCACAUUAGAUAAAAAAAAAAAAAAAACGAGGGGACUGUAAAAAGUAAAAACACUCUAAAACCCUUCGCUAAUUGCUAUAUAUUUUGUGAAGAACUAGAAAGGUAGCGCGCGUCUUUUAUUUUUGUUGAAUGCUCAAAAUCUCAAUCAACCUUCUCUUCUCACUUCUCAGAUUCUUCCUUUUCCGUUUUCUUUCAUUCAAUUCAAAAUGUUGCUACUCGCUUUUACUUUUUAUUUUCUUAUUUUUUUUAUUAUUUUUGCAAACAUCUUCUGUUUAGGGAUUUGCAAUGUUUUUGUGUAAGGAACUCAUUGUGUUUCAACUGUUUAGGUUUUAUUUUUGUUCAUUCUUUGUUUGUAUUCACAUUAAUGUUUUUGCUUUUCUGUUCUCCUAUGCAGUUCAGUAGUUAAGAAAAGUAGCAAUGGUUAAGAGUCAAAAAAUCGAUUCUUUCUUCAAGAGGAUAGUUACCCACAAAGAUGAAGAACGUUUGACUUCCUCACCCAAACCUGAAAACUGUCUCGAGAACCUGAAAGUUGAAGAAAAUGAAAAACAACCUUCCAAGGUUCCUAGAGUUGCAUAUGGUGAGUUGGGGAAUGUUAUUGAUGUGCAAAAAUCAGAUCAAAUUAAGAAGAAUCGAGUAUGUCUCAAGACUUCGAUUGACAUUGUUCGUAAUUUAACACUUCAAGAUGUUGAUUUUAGUCGUGAUGGUGAAACUAGCGAAGCAAGACACCAAGAUGCUUUUCUGUCAAUGGCAAAGGUUGCAGCAAAAUAUGAUGAUGAAUUUGCCAAAGUUGUGCUGGAAAAUGGCCCAUAUCUUUCUAGUUGUGCUUCAUUUCAAUUUCGAAAAGAGAUCUUGCAUAUUCUUUCUAAUAAAGUGAAAAGUCAUAUUCGCGAGGAAAUUGGUGAUUCCAAAUUUUGCAUAGUUGUUGAUGGAGUUUGUGAUGGACCACAAAAGGAACAAAUGGCUCUUGUUUUGAGAUUUGUUGAUAAAAAUGGUUUUAUACAAGAGCGGUUUUUUGAUAUUGUGCAUGUUAAAGACUUUGAGCCAUCAGAGGAAGAAAUUUACGCUAUACUUUCUCGACACAAUCUUGAUGUUUCUAAUAUUCGUGGUCAAGGGUAUGAUGGCACUAGCGAUAUGAGAGAACAAUGGAAUAGUUUGCAGACACUAAUUUUGAAUGAAUGUCCUUAUGCAUACCACAUUCAUUGUUUUGAACAUAAGUUGCAACCUGCCUUGGUUUGUGCAUCGUCAGAAGUUUUUCCAAUUCAACAAUUCUUUUCAAAGUUGACUUCUAUUGUCAAUUUUUUCAAUUCUUGUAGUAAGCCCCAUGAUGAGUCGCUAGCUGCCAAGUUAAAUGAAAUCGCACAUUUGCUAGAGAUCAGUGAAAUUGGCGAAGGGGCAAAUCAAAUUGGUAGUUUACAAAGAGUUGGAGAUACUUGUUUGAGGUCACAUUUUUCUUCUAUUUGUAGCUUGAUAAGGAUGUACGAUACAACUUGUUCGAUUCUUAAAAAACUUGCUGAUGAUGGGUCUACUUAUUAUCAAAGUGGUGAUGCUUCUAUUGCUUACGACAACUUGACCGCAUUUGAGUUUGUAUUGAUCUUGCAUAUGAUGAGAGAAAUCUUGGGGAUAACUCAUGUUCUUUGUGAUGUUGUGCAACUACAAUGUCCAUAUCUAGUUAAUGUCAAGGCCGUAGUUCGUUCUACCAAAGCACUGCUUCAAAUUUUUAGACAAGAUGGUUGGGAUAAAUUGUUAAAAGACGUGAAAUGUUUCUGUGCAAAGCAUGAUAUUGAGAUUCCUCAAUUCAAUGCUCCGUAUGUAGAAAGACCAUGGCAAUCUCGUCACCAAAAGGAUCACAUCACAAUAGAGCAUUAUUUUAGAGUAGAAGUGUUUUUUAUUGUCAUUGACAAUCAAUUACAAGAGUUGAAUAGCAGGUUUAGUGACCAAGCAAUGGAGUUAUUAACUCUAUGCUCUGCUUUGGUUCCUAAGGAUAGUUGCAAAGCUUUUGAUAUUGAUCAUCUUUGCACUCUUGUAGAAAAAUGUUAUCCCAUGGAUUUCAACGAGCAGGAGAAGAUUGAUUUGCAACGUCAACUUAAAUAUUUCAUUAUUCAAGCCCGUCAAGAUUCAAAUUUGAAGAAUUUAUCAACUAUCCAAGAAUUGUGUUCAUGUUUGGCAGGAACAAGAAAGGCUCAAAUUUACUACUUGAUUGACAGACUACUCCGUCUUAUCAUGACUCUUCCGGUUUAUACGGCUGCAACCGAAAGAUCUUUUUCAGCAAUGAAAAUUUUCAAGACUAUGUUGAGAAACAUGAGGAAAGAUGAGUUUCUAGCCGAUAGCAUGCUAAUUUACAUUGAGAAGGAGAUCGCUAAAAUUUUUAGUUCUGAUUCAAUUAUUGAUGAUCUCAAAGUGCACAAUGACUCACACCUGUGUAGCUCUGUGAAUGAUUGCAUUAUCAAACCACCAGAUAUGCUUGGUGAAGAAGAAUCUGAUGGAUCCCUUCUGCUUCAAGUUGCUGAAGAUAAGGUUGAGGAUAACAUCUCAUCUAGGUAGUUUGAAAAGGACAGAGAUUCGUCUCAGUUUGAUAUUGAUCCAAGUAAAUACAAGUUCACGGUUGUCUUUUCUUGAGGCUCUUGAGGGUUCCGUUUCCAAGUCUGAGGAGUCCAUACAAGAUGAGCAGGAUUUAAGAUCUCAAUCUUCUAACAAUCAUUGCUGUAUUGAUGAAUUUAAGUAGUGUUAUUUCAGUGUCUAUUGUUUCAGUAUUGCUUUUCUAUAUAGAUAUGUAAGAAACUGUGUUUUUUGGCGAACAUGCAUUUCUGUUUUAAAAGAAAAGUUUAAUGGUUUGAAUUUAUUGAGAUGAGAUGUUUCAAUGCUAUGUUGUGAAGUAAAUGAUUAAUAAAAUCCAAACCCAGCAUUUUGU